GCAGCCAAGGCACUGCUAUCUUCAAAGUCGCCCUGGCUGGCCAGCUAGCAAGGUGGCUAGUAAGGAGUCUGAAGCCUCAGCAGCAGCAGGUAAAAAGUGGCGACGCGGUGAACUAAGGGGCUGGCAAGUGGGGAGGAGAUGUCUGGUGUCGACGUUCCCGAGCUCAGUUUGGCCGCCUCGCUCCAGCAGUGAGCAUGGCCCUCCUCUUAUGGAUCAAACAGUGGUGCUCUGUACUUUGGCGGCCUUCCUCCUCUACUACAAUACGUUGCACGCCGAUUUUGCAUACGAUGACAGCCGGGCAAUCAAAACGAAUCCGGAUGUGAAUCCGUCGACGCCGUGGAUCAACUUGUUGUUCAAUGACUUCUGGGGCACGCCGCUGACCCAUUCGGGCUCGCACAAGUCCUACCGCCCGCUCUGUGUUCUCUCCUUCCGUUUCAACCAUUGGCUGCACGAGCUGCAGCCAGCUGGAUAUCAUUUGUUCAACGUCGUGCUCCACUGCCUGGCCACGGCCCUCUUCACCCUCCUGGCGCGCUCCCUCCUACCCCCCAAAGCUGGGCUGGCCACGGCCAUCGCCGGCUGUCUCUUCGCCGCCCAUCCCAUCCACACCGAGGCCGUGGCCGGCAUCGUCGGGCGGGCCGAUAUCGGCGCCGCCGUCUUUUUCAUUCUCGCCUUCCUCUCGUACCGACGCUACACGGCCGUUCGCUCCGGCCUGGCCCACCUGCGCCGACAGCAGCUAAUCAGGACCCAAUCGACGCGAUCAAUUUCCAGCCAUAAAUGUAGCAACAAUAACAGCCACGGUAGCGGCGGCGGCAGUUCAUUGCCGCCGCUGCGCUCGUUCCUGUCGGCCGCAAUCUUUACGUCCAUCAAGUGGAAUGGCGACGAUCAAGUUGGCGGAGAAUUACUGCGACCCAACACCCUGCCAAGAAGCGGCGGGCCGGCAUGUGGAGGACCCAAUUUGACUGUUCUGGUGGCCAGAAAGUGGCUGUGGCUCCUGGUGACGCUCCUCUUCGCCGCCUGCUCCAUGCUCACCAAGGAGCACGGCAUCACCGUUCUGGCCGUCUGCGCCGUCUACGACGUUUUCGUUCAAUCUCGACUCAAGCCUAAGGAUUUAUUUUCGUCCGUCCUGUUCCAGGAAAAGUAUCGAGGACUAUCUGAAGGAUUGUCGACUCUCUUCAUGGGCACCCUGUUGAUGGUGGCCGUCCGUCUGCAGCUAAUGGGCUCCAAAGCGCCCGAGUUCGCACCUGCCGACAACCCGUCGGCCGAUUGCCCGUCGCGUUUGACCCGCACUCUCACCUUCCUCUACUUGCCGGCCUUCAACUUGUGGCUACUCGUCCAGCCCACCGUCCUCAGCUUCGACUGGUCCAUGGAGGCCAUCCCGUUGAUCCACAGCCUGGCGGACAUCCGCAAUUUGGCCACGGCCAUCUUCUACUUGACUCUAGCCUAUCUCGGAUGGAACGCCCUGUUCCGGCGGCGGGACUUUGACGACAAUUGUGGAGAUCUGCGCUCGGCUUCCGCCUCGCCCGUUCCUGGCUCCGCUUCUUCGGUUCUCAGUGGCAACUUGAUCUCUUCGCCCCUGCCGGGCGAUUCGUCUUCCUCUUCGCUAGUGCGAGGCACCAACGGAUGCGUCCCGUCGGUGGCGGAUGCCGUUCUGGGAGUCCACUGCUACUCGUCGCCGUCGUCGGCUGUGGGUUGCUACGGCAACGGCAACGGCAGCACAAGCGGCAGUCUCAGCAGUAGCUCCUCGCUUCGAUCGGAGAGGACGAGAUGGUCGUCCAACAGUUCCGUCGACGUGGACGGGACUGGCGCCGGCCGGAAGAGCGGAGUGGAUUUGACUGUGAUAGCCUUGUCGAUGCUGGUGUUGCCCUUCAUCCCCGCCACCAAUCUCUUCUUCUACGUGGGUUUCGUCGUGGCAGAGCGAGUCCUCUACAUCCCGUCCAUGGGCUAUUGCCUCCUGGUGGCGUUGGGCUUCCACCUGAUCGACGACUGCCUCCGCCAGAAGCAAGUGCGACUCAAACAGCAGCAGCACAAGGAGCGACACAGGUGGAAGCAGAUGCAAGCCAGCAACUCUCUUCGGCUCCUGUUUCGCUGGGCAUUUGUUCUUCUACUCGUCGUCUACUCGGCCAGGACCAUCCAGCGAAACCGAGACUGGCACACGGAGGAAACUCUGUACCGCUCGGGAAUCAGCGUCAAUCCUCCAAAAGCAUACGGAAAUUUAGCAAACAUACUCAGUUCGACCGGACGUAAGGAUGAAGCCGAACAGGCUUACAAGAAGGCUCUCAGCUAUCGAAAUAACAUGGCGGACGUCCAUUAUAAUUUGGGUAUAUUGUAUCAAGAGCAGAAACGUUACGAAGAGGCUAUACAAUCCUACCGAUCGGCGGUUCACUAUCGUCCUCGAAUGGCCAUGGCUCAUUUGAACAUGGGUCUAGUCCUGGCUUUGAUGGGCAUGAAAGACGAGGCGAUCGAGGUGUACAGACGCUGUUCGCAGCUCGACGGAUCCGGCUUGAAGGACCCACGGACCCACGAGACCACCAAGAUUUCGGCCCUUUUCAAUCUGGGUCGUCUUCACGCUGACGAUGGCCAGUACACAAAGGCCAUCGACGUCUACAACGAGGCUAUUCAACGCAUGCCGACACAUUACCAGCCCCAGUCGCUGUACAACAUGCUGGGGGAAGCCUACUUUAAGCUGGAUCGGCUGAAGGAAGCGGAACACUGGUACCGUGAAGCCCUCCGCGCUAAAGCCGAUCACAUUCCGGCUCAUCUGACCUAUGGGAAACUUCUCACCAAAAUGAAUCGUCUCAGCGAGGCUGAGGACAUGUUCCUGCGUGCGAAAUCCCUGUCACCCAACGAUUCGACCGUCUAUCAGCAUUACGGUCAAUAUUUAUCGGAAUGUGAGAGACACACCGAAGCGGCAGAGCAAUACGUCCGAGCUGCUUCACUCGCGCCAACUGAAUAUGAAACCGUUUUUAACGCAGCCAACACGCUUCGCCAAGCAGGCAGGCACUCGGAGGCUGAACAGUAUUACAGAUCCGCCGUUAAAAUCCGGCCUUUGGAAGCGACAAGUCACAUGAACUUGGGUGCGAUGCUUCACGUCAAUGGCAAGUUAACAGAAGCCGAGCAAAGUUAUCUAGAAGCUUUACGGCUCAAACCAGACGAUCACAUCACUCGGAUGAACUUGCAGAAGUUACGUCACCUGUUGAUGAAGAAAGGUAUCGUGUCCUCUUCCUCUCAUUCGUCUCCCCCUUAGUGAAUGGUGCGGGCCCGACGGAGAUGACACGCCAACUCGCGUGAUGGUGACCCUUGUAUCGCGUGCUGUGUACCCCCAGAAGACUGGGCACUGUGGAUUAUCAUUUUUCCUUGGCCGAUGGCUCGCUGAUCAUGCUCUUCCCAUGACAAAGACGUGAGGAGAGUCGAACCAAUCGAACCUGUGAUAGAAUAUUGUACGAUGUGUAUUAGUACAUAACUCCCUGUCACGUAUGCUGAUGAUACGUAAACCUUUUCAGUUUUCACCAACUCUUGCGCACUUUGCUAAGAAUGAGAGAACCCGGUACUGUCAGUGACUAAUUCUGACAUUCUGACUAGUUUCUUGCUCUCUGUAGUAUUUAUUCCCACAUAAAAAGGCGCUAUAUAAAUUAAAGAAAUAAAUUUCUUCCUCGCCACAAUUUGCCUUUAAACCGCUAUAAAUGGAUUUUUUAGAGAUUCAUACAGUUAAUUUUUCUCGGCCACUUUAGAAUGUUAUAUUUCAAAAGUUCGUAUUCAAAUUUGGGACCAGUUCAAUAAAAAAAAUCAUACAAAAAGAAAAAAAAACAACAAAAAUACAAACAAAAAAACAAAACAAACAAAACAAAACAAUAAAAAAAUCAAAAUGUACGUAAACCCAAAUGUAGUCUGUCACGAUUUUUUUCUUCGUCGUUCAAAUUAUUUAAAAUUGUUUGUUUUAAAAGUUUUGCGACUAAAACAAUGAUGUCCUGGGGAAUUUUGUAAGACUUUUACGACAAAAGAACCAAAGAAAAAACAAAACAAAAAAGAAGCAAGUUACAUGAAAUCCACAUUUCCCGCUGGUUAGACAGAAACAAAGUAUCAACGUAUCAACACUUUAUUAACAAAUUCGAUUCAUAUGAAAGAAAAGCAAUACUUUCCUUAAUGUAGUCCUUCGUCAUUUUGUUGUCAAACCAAUGGCUGAUCAGAACACGGCUACGUGUUCAGAACAAAAAUCAAAAUAAAAUACACUUUUUAAAAGAGCCGAUGCAUUAUUAUGUAUUUAUCGAAAACAACUUCAAAGGAUGCUGAGGUGAAACAAUACUUUCUAGAAGCUCAACACAUACUUUCUAGAAGCAGACUUGCCACGAUAGGAAUCUUCUAUUAAUCACGAACCCAAUCAAAAUAAAAAAAUAUUUCAAUCAAGUGGAAAAUUUAGAUCGCAAUCACAAUCAAUUUUUCAAUCAAUUUUGCGCGCCACCUAGUUAUAGAAUUGAAAUUGAUUACAUUUACGAAAUGAUUUGAAUUGCUCAAUAUGUUGUCAAAGCAGCAGAGAUCACACGGCAAGUCUGUCGACUUGAGAAAUAGUAUAGUUGUAAAAACAAUGAAUACGGACACCCCCUGGGUUACAUACAAAUGCAAUACAAAAAAGAAAAAAAAAGAACAAAAUCUUUCUUUUUAUAGUUAAUUAACUGUAAGUAAAGGUUAUUUGAAAAUAUAAGGCCUUAUCGACGAAUCUUCUUUGUUUAUUAAUUAUUAUCGCAUAUUUGGGCUCAAACUGAAAUCCCUUGCUGCGCGCGCGAGUUUCCCGAUAGGAGUGGUCCAACAAUUAGAAAAUAGUUUUCCUCAAGUCUAUAUUUUGAUUUUCCGAUUUUCCCUUUAUCCUUUAUGGUAAAAUUUAUUGCACUCCGGAGAACUCUAGUGUCAAAAGAGGCUGUUGGUUUAUAUUACAGAUGAAUCUGUUCAAGUACAACCAUUUGAGGAAAAUGGUUACUUGGUUAGAAUAGAUUUCAAUCCUACAGUUCCUCAUUGUUCACUUGCCAGCCUUAUUGGCCUCUGCCUGAGAGGCAAGAUUCAGAAAAAUAUGGUGGAAAGGAUCAAAUUGGACAUAGUUAUUGCAGAGGGUAAACACAGCACAGAAGAAGAGAGUAAGUCCUAAUACCAUAUUUAAAUGUUCAAAAAAGCUUUCAUAAAAUAUUCUUUUACUUUAUUCCCAUCCAGUCAAUAAACAAAUCAACGAUAAGGAAAGAGUCGCCGCCGCCGAUAGUUGAUAGUUGCAUAAGAGAUGAAGAAUAAGAUUUUUUUUUGAAGAAAAAAAAUAAAAGACAAUAAAUUUCCUCAGAGUAUUUUGUAUUCCAUUCCAUGAGAUAUCAACUCACAAGUAUGAAAGGCACUGCAGAGUCAAUUUCAUCGCACAUAUACACCCUGGAUUGAUUUUAGUAUAAGACUAGAACAAUUACCAAAAAGCUCCCUGGUAUAUUUAUAAAUUUUGCAAGUGUUAUCUCUGGUAAGAAGAAAAGCAUAACCAAAAGCGACAAGCAAGUUUGUUUCGUGAAAGACUUGUAAACUUAA